AUGGCAGCAGAGAAAGGUCCUGCGAGUCGCGAGCAAGUGUCCGCUAUCACUUCCUGGGUUGAAGCACUUGUAAAGAAGAGAAAGGUGCAUGACGCAAGUGAUCUAUGUGAUGGAGCUGCCCUUCUUGAAGUCCUCAGCAAUGUUGAUGAUUCCCACUUUUCCAUUCCAUGGAGAUGCUCUAUGGAUGCACUAUGCAAGCAGAUGCAACUAUACUAUUCCUCUGUCUUGGGUAUGGACGAAGAUCAGUUUCCAGUGAUCGACGUCAAAUCUGCAUCGAAAAAGAAACCAUUGAACUACGAUGAGCUCCUAAAAGUACUGCGUCUUGUUGUUGAUAUUGUGCUUAAAACAGACGACAAUGAUCAACAUGUCUCAGCCAUGCAGAAUCUUCCUGUGGAUCAGCAAGUUGUUAUGAAAGCCGUGGUGGAAAACAUUAUGUCUGAUACCACAUCCACAGAGGCCCCCACGACAGACGAGACGGAAGUAUCCGGCGUGGUGAAUCACACAUCAGGAAACACUGAGUAUCUUGAGAAAGAACUUGCUGAGGAGAAGAGACGUUCCGCGGAGCGUCAAGACCAACUUGCUCAAUUCGAAACUGAUAUCGAGCGUUUGACGAAAGAGCGUGAUGAGUUGGCAGCGUCUAAUGCAUCCCUUCGUGAAGUCGAAAAGGAACGGGAUACUAUGCGUGAUCAGCUUGAUGAAUGGCGCCAGAUUGUGGACCAGUCUAAAAAGCAAGAGAAGACACUAGAGAAGCUCCGUGAACGUGCUGCCGAGGCAGCAGAACUGAAAAGACAAGUAAAGGAGCUUGAGAAGAGUCAAGCUCAUUCCAACUCCAAGAGUACAGAGAAAAAAGACCGUUAUGUUUCCGAGCUUACAGAUAAGCUCAAAGCAGAGCGUCAGAAGCUGGAACAGAAAAUCGACGAGUGGGAGAAGAAGUACUCUCAGUUGGAAAAGAAGCAUUCCACUCUGCAAACAGACUUCAAGGUUUUGCAAGAGGAGAAACAGGCCGAUAAAGAUCAGCUUACGAGCUUGUUAGAACGUGUUCAUACGUUAGAACAAGAUGGGCUACCCCGACCGGAUCUGGAUGCGCUCUCUUCGACAGAUGCCAUGACGGAGCUGCAAGCAAAGGUUACGCAGUUGGAGUUGGAGAACAAGUCAUUGAUGGACCGCUUAGAUUCUACUACAUCCUCUGUGUCUGGCUCUCAUGAUAAAUCUGAGGCUAGCUUUGCUGAUGUGCAGGCCGAAAUUGUUGCAAUGCGCAACAAUUCCAAGUCUAAAGAGACGGAAGCUCUGAAUCUGCUAAACAAGCUGGAAAAGAAGUGGUCCAAGGAUGGGAACAAGUCCGUCGGGAAAGACAUGAAGGCUGUACGUGACUUGCUCAGUGAGUCAUUCCAAAUGGAUGAUGUGGUGAUUCAGCGCUUGCAAGCCUGCUCGGACCAGACUGUCGAGCAACAGCACAAGGAAUCAGCCAUGACAAAUGCGGAUCUUCUGCGUGAACUCGAUGCACUUCGACAAGAACAACGCCUCAUGGCCUCUGCCUUCCAAAAAAUGAGCUCACAAUUAUACUCUCAAACAAGCUGGUCUGAUAUUGCUCACAUCCGGCCCAAUACCGAAGGAGCUCCGCCGCCGCCUAGUCUUCCUGAGACUCUUCGACCUUCGAACACCUCAUGGUUGGCUCAGCAACGUGAUGCUUUGGCAGGUGCUUUGCGCCUUUCUCGAAAAUAG